AUGACUAUACGAAAAACGAAAUUACUGAAAACACUGAUAUUAGGCGCUCCCGCAUCAGGGAAAGGUACAAUAUCGUCACGGAUAGUAAAAAAGUACCAGGCUGAUCAUGUGUCCAGUGGAGAUAAAUUAAGGGAUCACAUAGAAAAACAAACCGAAUUGGGACUGGAGGUUAAGAAAUAUCUCAAUGAAGGCCAGCUGGUACCAGAUAAUGUCAUGAUCAAGUUUAUGAUCACGGAAUUAAAGAAAGUUGAAGAUAAACCUUGGCUUUUAGAUGGAUUCCCACGGACCAUAUCGCAAGCCGAGGCCCUGUGGAAAGUGCAACCGGUCGAUAUAGUGCUAAACCUCAAUGUGCCAUUUGAUGUCAUCAUAGAUAGGGUUAAAAACCGCUGGGUGCAUUUGCCUUCCGGUAGGGUGUAUAAUAUAGGUUUUAAUACACCAAAAGUCUUAGGAAAAGAUGAUGUUACCGGUGAAGAUUUAUACCAACGCCCCGAUGAUAAACCGGAGGCCGUAAAAAAGAGACUUGAGAUAUAUGAAAGUGUUACACGACCUGUAAUUAAUUUUUACAAAGAAAAAGGUAUAUUGAAAGAAUUUGAAGGACGCACAUCAGAUGAAAUCUGGCCGCAAGUGACAGCAUAUUUGGACCCGAUAUUUCAACAUUGA